AUCAGAGAACCUGAACGAGAAAUAUCUUUUGGCAACAAUCCAUAUGGUUUUAUCGUAAUUGCUUAAUCGCAAACGGUAGGUGAAUUUUUGUUUGCCAAAUGGCUAUGCCACUAGAAGCGAAACAAUGUUCAAAGAUUCAUUUGAAGAGCAACUGCGUGUUCUAACAGACGAAAAGGAUUGGGAGGGAGUUCUCAAAUUGAGUGAAACUUUGCCUUUGGAUAAGAAGAGUAAAUAUCUUUGGACAUGGCCAACAGGAGAAGCUUUACAGAUAAUAAAAUCCACCCUACAUGAAUUGGGAAUUGGAAAACUAUUGAGUGUCGGUUGUGGAACUGGAUUACUUGAAUGGAUUAUUAAAGAAAGCAUAGGUGCGGCAGUGUAUGGCCUUGAAGUAGACCGUUCAUGGUGGGAAAGUAGCUACUCACCGAUUAGUUACAUAAAAUUGAAUUUCAUUAAUGACGUCCAUAUGGACCCAUGUUUUCUGCAAGAAUGCUGUGAUACAAAAGAUUGGGAUUUUGGAAUGGUCUUUUGCUAUUUUAACAAUGGAAAAGCUUUCCACGAUUAUCUUAGGCUUUAUAAAGGAUCAGUUGUGAUAAUUAUUGGACCUGCUCCAGGAGUUGGAAUACACACAGAUCCGCCUCCACUUAAGGCUGAUUUCUGCGAUUCAGGAUGGAAGAUGCUAAAGUACUUUAACAUAUCCAAAGAUGAUAUAAUUUCAUUCUAUACUAAAUCAUAACUGAAUGAGAUAUUCAGAAUAUUUUACUCAAGG